GUACUCCUCACUCCCCAGCAGAGCCCACACAAGCUGACUUCAGUGACCUUCCUGUUACAUCAGAGCGGAGCACGUCUUGUGUCGUUGAGGACCGUGCACUGCCAUACGUCUACAUCCCACUCUUAUUAUUUUUCAAAGCCUCUUGUUAAAGUUGCACGAUGGCAGGAGAGGGCGUGCAUGUUCAGCAGGUGGCGUCAAAAGGCCUCAUCAUCGGCGAGGGCCCCCACUGGGUGAUGGACCGCUGCUGUUUGCUCUUCGUUGACAUCAUGAGAGGCGAAAUGCACCGACUCUUCACCGAUACCAGGAGACACCAGAAACUGCACGUGGAGCCAGAAGGCGCAGGGGACAGUCUUUCCUUCGUGGUCCCAGUCAAGAAUCACCCCGACCUGUAUGCAGUGGGACUGGGGAGGUCCGUGGCGCUGGUGGAGUGGCUGGAGACUGACCCAGAUGCUCACACGAGGAAGGUUAAGGUCACACUGCACACGGUGGAAAGUGACACGCCUACCAAUAGAUUCAACGACGGAAAGUGUGACCCUCGUGGCAGACUGUGGGCAGGAACAAUGGCUCAAGAAUCUGCUCCAGGAGUGUUACCCAAGGAGAAAGGUCACAUAUUCUGCCUCAACAAUGACCUGACUUUGGACUGCACCAUGGACAAGAUCUCACUCAGCAAUGGGUUGGCCUGGAGUCAUGACAAGAAGACCUUUUACUAUAUAGACUCCAUGGCUUACUCUGUGGACGCCUUUGACUACGAUAUUGGAACCGGGAAGAUAGGUAACCGACGUCAGGUUGUGGAUUUCAAGGCAGUGGGAUUAGACCCUGAUAUUCCUGAUGGCAUGUGUAUUGACAGCAAUGGUGACCUGUGGGUAGCCUGCUUCUAUGGGGCCAAGGUGAUCUGCAUUGACCCAACAACACGCAAGAUCAAGCGCAAAAUCACAAUGCCAACCAAGAACAUAACCUCAGUCUGUUUUGGAGGUCAUGACUAUUCUACCCUUUAUGUGACCUCUAGCAGCCUUGGCCUGACCCCUGAAGAGGUCAAAGAGCAGCCAGCCGGGGCCACCUUUGCUGUGACAGGACUCGGGGUGAAAGGAAUCGCUCCAGAUGAGUUUGUUGUUGAUGAAGAGGUGCUUAAAAGGAAGUUGGGGUGAAGGAUAACAGUGAAAGAUUGGUGUGGGAUGAGAGAGGAGUGAGAGAAUAGGAAGCUAAGGGAAAGAUGAGGGGGAAAGGAGUGCGGAGAGAAGGAAAAGGUUUGGCAGUAAUCAAAGGAAUAAAUUUUGGUGUUGAUUUGUGGGUAAAUGAAUGAGUUUUCUUUACUUUUUGUUUAGUAAAAGAUAAUAAUGGAAUAAUUUUGUUUAGUUUUGGCUUAUUAAAGGAAUAAUUUUUUUUUAUUUCUUUGUUUAUUAAAGGAAUUAGUUUACUUUUUGAUAUUCAGGAAAGAAAUAAUUGUUGUCUCCUUUGGCUUAUUGAAAGAAAUCAUUGUUUUGUUUAUUUUUCACUUAUUAAGGAAUCAUUUAGUUUAUUUUUGUUUAAGUAAAGGAAUCAUUGUAGAUUUUACUUUAUUGAUUUAUUAGUAAAUUAAUCAUCAUUUCUAUCACUUUAUAAUGAGGAUAAUUAAAGGAAUGUUCUGUUA